UGGUCAUCACACCAGCUUUGCCUAAGCUUUUCCCCUUUAAAAAUGGACUCCAACUCUCCUUUACACCCUCCCUCCAUCUCCACUGUCUCUCUGACCCCCUUCUCUCUAGUUCAUAUAGCCUGAAGUUUAAGCUUGUAUAGCAGCUAAUUAUUUAUUGAAUGAUGAAGGGAGCAUACGAAGUGGUUCAUGGGGCUCUUGAUAUGAUACAGCCCCAUGAAACAUGGGACUUUGCCUCUGUAGGAUUCCCAGCUCCAAUUUCGAACCCCUUUCCAAAGCCUGCAGUGAUUGAAAAUCGAUGCCUAAACUUGGAGAGGAAUGAGCUCUCUGAGUGGGUUGAACAUGUAACCAAGCAGCUCAUUGAUGACUUGCCGGAUAUAGCAACUGAUCAUGAUGAAAGCUUGCAAACAGACGCAACAACGGUCUAUGGGGGCAACGAUAUUGUCUCGUCACUCUUGGGUGAGUUUAGGCCAAAGAAAUAUAUGAGGAGAAGCUACUUUGAUGGAAAUGGGGAAGAGCUCCAAUGGAGCCAUGAGCUUGGAGUACACCAAACAAACAUUUCUGAAAAAGAAGGGAGCACUAGAUCAAGCAUGAGUAGGAUAGAUGAAAAUGGUUUGAGCUUAAUAACCCUUCUUUUGGAGUGUGCUGUUGCUAUAUCAGUCGAUAAUCUUGGUGAAGCUCAUAGAAUGUUGCUUGAGCUGACCCAGAUGGCUUCUCCUUACGGCCCUUCUUGUGCUGAAAGGGUUGUGGCUUAUUUUUCUAAGGCCAUGGGUAGUAGGGUUAUUAACUCAUGGCUAGGUAUUUGCUCUCCGUUAAUCAACCACAAGAGCAUUCAUGGCGCCUUCCAAGUCUUCAACAAUGCCUCUCCUUUUGUCAAAUUUGCUCACUUCACCUCCAACCAAUCAAUCCUAGAAGCUUUUCAUCGCCGCGAUAGGGUUCACGUAAUUGACCUCGAUAUCAUGCAAGGCUUGCAAUGGCCGGCCUUAUUUCACAUCCUAGCCACCAGAAUUGACGGUCCACCCCAAGUUCGAAUGACCGGCAUGGGCACAUCAAUGGAACUCUUAGUGGAGACUGGGAGACAACUUUCCAAUUUCGCUAAGCGACUUGGAAUGUCGUUUGAGUUCCACCCAAUUGCAAAGAAAUUUGGAGAAAUUGAUGCGUCGAUGGUGCCACUCAGGAGAGGUGAAACAGUAGCCGUGCAUUGGCUACAGCAUACCCUCUAUGAUGCCACAGGACCUGAUUGGAAGACAUUGAGACUACUCGAAGCACUGGCCCCAAGAGUGAUCACUCUAGUUGAGCAAGACAUCUCACAUGGCGGAUCUUUCUUGGACCGUUUCGUAGGCUCUCUGCAUUACUACUCAACAUUGUUUGAUUCCCUUGGUGCAUAUUUGCCUUGCGAUGAUCCUGGCAGGCACCGCAUAGAGCAUUGCCUUCUCUACAGAGAGAUCAACAAUAUAUUGGCAAUAGGAGGGCCUGCAAGAAGCGGCGAGGACAAGUUCAGGCACUGGAGAAGUGAGCUAGCUAGAAGCUCGUUCAUGCAGGUGCCAAUGAGUGGAAACUCAAUGGCCCAAGCACAGCUUAUACUGAACAUGUUCCCUCCCGCUCAUGGCUAUAACCUUGUACAAGGAGAGGGAACAUUGAGGCUGGGUUGGAAGGAUACUAGCUUGUUCACUGCAUCUGCUUGGACUUCACGUGCUUCUAGAUAGCCUCUAAUUAAUUAAAAUGUUUUUUUGUGUGUGUGUGUGUUUUAGUAAUUAAGCUGGGAUUAAUAUAUAAUUAAUUGCAUGUGGGAUUCAGAUUAAAUGCUAGCUAUCUUCAUUUAAUCCAACUGUAGAAAUUAUGUUGAAGGACAUGGCCCUUAAUUACAAGGGUAUAUACUUUUCGAAUCCAGGCACCUAAGCUAACGCUAGCUAUACAUAUUGUCCAUCAAAAAAGCCUGUCUGUUCCGUAUCACAGAAGCUGAUUAAUUAAUCUGAUUUCUGGCUCCAUAUUAUUUGCUAUCAAAUUGCAUGAUUUGUAUUGUAGUGUAUUUUAAAGUAUUAUUUGUUUGAUAA